UUCAAAUAAAAUCUUAUUUCGAAAACUAAACUAACAAUUGCGUUUCCACACCUAAUCCAAAAACCACUUUCAAACAUGCACAACUCUCGAAAGUUUUAUUCAACUUGAAAACUCUUAGUUUAUGUACAAAAAGACAUUUUCACGUUUCGUUUUUUACUCAACAACCUCGUCCAACGGUUUCAAACCAUCAACUGAGCCCCAACGUGCCGAGCAAACGUGGAAAUAGCCAAGAAAGAGAAAAGAAAAAUUCUAUAAAUAUUGCGCAAAGGUAGUAGUUUGAAAAUUGAAUUGAAAUAUCCGUUUCUGACAUGAAUUUGCAGAUACCAAGGCUUCAGGAUUCUCUCACCUCACGCUCAGGAUAGGUCUAGCUUGCUUUAUUCAGUGGCAAAAAAGGUACGGUAUGAACGAUAAUGAGAAAAUUAUACGAACGGAAAGAAUUGCGAGGUUCGCGGAAGCUCUACAUCUUUGUCUAUAGACUCUCAAUUAAUAAUUGAGUGAAUCCCUUGAACGGUGUGAAUAUAAGAUUCCACAUCGGAACCUAAAACUUCAAAUUCCAUUCAAUCUGGAUUUUCAAUUGUAUGUAAUUUCAAGUGGUUCUAUAAGGAAAACCUAAAAUCAUACCAUCCCAAUUGAAAACAAAAUGUAUUCAACGUCUUGGAAAAAGUGCUAACGAAUUCCAGGCCAAGCUACAAUCUCAAAAUCUCAUAUAAUUCACAAAUUGCUCGAUUUAUUUUUUCAUCCACUUUUCUCUAAAACCUCGGGAUGGCAGGGGGAAUGAAACGUUCGAGCUGGAAUGUAUGAUUAAAUAAAUUGGUCUGCACGGGAGAUUUUAGUGCGGUGCAAUUUAAAGGCAGGGAAAGGGGGGAAAGUUGAUGCGUCGAAUUACCGAAGCAAUUUGGCUGCUAGUAGCCGGAAUUUUUUUUACCAUUUGAAGUAAGACUGAAGCUGAUAAAGCAGUAUGAAAAAUCGAACGAAAUCUAAUAGAUCGACUCAUCGUCAAGCAAUUGAUGCCACAAUCACUUCGCUGAGAUAUUCGGGGCUCUGGGUUUUUAGCGAUUCAAACUCUUGGUUCGAAACUCUGUACAAACUUUAUAACAAAUUAAUAACUUUCAUUGUUUGUAUAUUCGCGAUAACAGUUUUUUUCGAUCUCUGUUUAAACAACGACGAUUUAGUGAUAUUGACCGACGACGGAUGUAUUCUUGCUGGUAUUUGUGUAAUUAUAUUCAAAAUUUACACUUUUCAAACGCGUUCUAAUCGCAUUAAAAAUGUCAUCGAAAUUAUUCACGCUCCUGUCGAUACCCUUAAUCGAUGUUCCGAUCCAGAAGUGCGAUCGGUUGUUCAAACAUGCAGCUUUAUCGAGAAAUUAAUGCUUUACGGGUUUUGGGCAGUCGGUGGAGUGUUGUCAGUAGCCUUGAUAUUUCUUGUGCCCGUGGAAAAAGGUGAUCUUCCGAUUCGAGCGAAAUAUCCUUUCGAUUCGAGGGUAUCGCCGAUGCACGAAAUCGCAUUUUCUGUGCAAGCAUGUGCGGUCACCGUCGGUUUGAUAGCUAUUGUUGGAAUGGAUAGCAUGGUGAUCGGUCUCUACAAGUGGAUAAACGUGCAGCUCGUUAUUCUCAACGCAAAUUAUGAAAAUUGUUUGAAGUCCAAGAGCCAGCGGGCCACCUUGAUGUCGACAACGUCCUCACCUGAAACAGACUUUUUUAAUGAAUUCAAUAAUAUUGAUAGUAUCGUCCACAUUAAUGGAUUCAUUCCAUUCAAUGAAAAUGAAGCUCGAGUCAGGGACGAACAUGACACUUUUGAACAUCGGUUCAAAACUUGCAUUCAACACCAUCAACGUAUAAUCGAAGGAGUUAACGAAUUGAAUGAUUUGUUUAGCACGAGCAUGAGCGUUCAAUUGUUAUCUAGUUUUUCCAUGAUUUGCUUCACUGGCUUCCAAGCUGUUUUAGGGGCUAAAAAUUUAACAAGUUUACUUAAAUUCGGCGUAUAUCUCGGAGCGGCGUUUUCUCAGUUACUGAAUUGGUGUUGGACUGGUAAUUCUUUGGUUCACCAAAGCGAUUCAUUAUCAACGAGCCUAUGGUGUUCUGGUUGGGAAAAUAAUCAAUCUCCUGAAGUUGUUAAUUUGUUGGUAAUUUCUUUGAUGCGAUCGAAAAAACCGCUCAGCUUGCAGGCAGGAAAAUUUCACUCAAUGUCGAUGCAAACUUUCAUCACGAUAUUGAGAAGUUCGUACUCGUUCUUCGCACUUUUGACGGAAGUAAGCAGUGUUUAGAAAUCAAGAAAAAUUGUUUAAUCGAUUUUUUACAUGAAAUUCCAUUCCGGAUCAGAACUAGAGCGCAGUUACAAGAAUGCAAACGUGGGUAAGCCAACGAAAAUCUUGUGACAAAUUUAAAGGGAAGUUUCUUUAUGUUUUAUUUCAUGAACCUCACAUUCUACUCUUAUAAAAAAGUAUA